UAUCGCAUACCAUACCCUUUUCUUUACAAGAACAGUUCACAGAAAUGUUAUAAAACAUUAGCCUCUCAUAACUAAGAGAGCGUUGUGUUUGGUUGCUCAUGACAAUUUAUGAAUAAAUAAACAACGAAAAAGAAGCUAAAAAAUGGCUGGUGUGUCAAAUUUACAACAAAAAGUGUUUAUACCAGAAGAACUUUCACGAAAAGCGAAGACAAUAACUGAGAAUCUGUUACCUGUAAAGUCCCGUUCACACUACGAAAAAGAAUACGAAGCUUUUGGAAAAUGGCGAGAAAGCAAACGUGCAAAGGGGGUGAACGAGGAAAUCAUUUUAGCGUAUUUUGCAGAAAAGUCGGAACGAUUGAAAUCAUCCUCACUUUGGGCCCAUUAUUCAAUGCUUAAGAGCACGAUUUCUGUUAACGAGAAUGUUAACAUUUCCAGAUUCGCAAAGUUAAUCGCAUUCCUAAAGCGUCAAUCCACUGGCUACGAACCUAAGAAAUCAAAAAUCUUGUCAAGAGAGGAAGUUCGAAAAUUUCUGGAUACAGCACCAGACGAGACCUUUCUACUAAUGAAAGCAGUGUUAAUUGUGGGUAUGGCUGGAGCUUGUCGCCGCAAUGAAUUAGUCCAAAUAACAAUUAAAGAUGUUGAUGAUAGAGAUUCUAUGGUCGUAAUCACAAUACCAAAUACGAAAACACACAAGCGUAGGGUAUUUGCCAUUUCAGAUGAUGACGGAAGCAAUUGUUUACUUUUAUUUCGAAAGUACAUGCUGUUACGAAACAAACAUAGCCAUAUGUCACGUUUGUUCUUGAACUACCGGAAUGGUAAAUGUAAUGCGCAGCCUGUAGGAGUCCACACCAUAGCUUCCAUACCUCAGAAAAUCGCACAAUUUCUAAAUUUGGCGAACCCUGAAUUGUUCACAGGCCACUGUUACCGUAGAACGUCUGCUUCACUUUUGGUCGACAGCGGAAGCGACCUUUUAGCCCUAAAACGUCAUGGGGGGUGGAAGUCGUCGACGGUUGCAGAGGGCUACAUCGAGGACUCAAUGAAUACCAAAAUCGAAGCUUCGAAAAGAAUCUUGGGAGGAGGGGUGCAAACUACCUCAUCAUCUUCAAGUACAUGUGAUUCUUCUGCUACAUUAGCUAACAGUACUUUUGUUGAAGCCAAUGUUUCAGCUAAUCAAACUUUACAUGUAUCCAAUUUGUCGUCUAAGUUUAUUCCAUCUAUUCAUUUCAACAAUGUAUCAGGAGGUACGUUCUACUUCUGUGACCCUCCAAAGAAGUAGAAACGCCUUCAUUUGAAUAAAU